AUGACAAACUCACUUCAUCAUCAUCAUCAUCGUCAUCAUCAGCAGAGACAACAGCAGCAGCAACAAUGGCGACAUUUAAGGAUAUCAAACAUAUUCACCGUAGGUUUUGUUCAAACUGAAUUAGUACAAGUUUUGCAUUCAUCAAUUCAGUUGAAAGUCAUGGCUAAAAGUUGCUUUGAUCGUUAUAAUAAAAUCGUGGGUAUCACAAGAACAAUGGCAGCUUUGGUUGGUGCGGAUGUAGUGGACCCAAACUACAAAAUGAACAUUUUAACAUGGACCGUAAUUUUAGCCAUUAAUGCUUUUUUUGUCUGCACAAUUUAUACAAUUUAUGUUGGACUGGUUGUGGACAAAGAUUGGAAAGUUGUUUUACAAACGCUCAGUUUAGUCGGAAGUGCAGUGCAAGGUUAUAGUAAAUUAAUUUUGUGUAUUUAUCGGCGUUUGGUUAUCAGUUCUAUGAAUAAAAAGCUGGACAAUAUAUAUCUAGAGUAUCAAAAAGAUAAAGACUAUCUAGAGACUUUACGUUAUCGCACUGACUUGGCCACCAAAAUGUUGAAAAUUGUCUUGUGGAUCUAUGUAAUUCCUGCGUCUACUAUUAUUGUAUAUCCUUUGAUUUAUAGCAUGUUGUAUAAUAAGAAAGUGUUUGUAAUGCAAUUUUUAUUGCCCGGCAUAGAUCCAUUAACUCAUUUCGGCUAUGUUCUGCAUAAUGUGUUCCAUGUUAUUCUUAUUUGUUUGGGAGCUUUUGGAAAUUUUGCGAGUGACAUGUAUAUUUUUAUAUUCAUAAUAAAUAUACCCUUGUUGAAGGAUAUUUUGAGGAUUAAAUGUGAGAAAUUGAAUCGAAUUGCUCUUAAGGCACGGGAUCCAACGAAGACGAUGCCUGUCGUAAAGGAAAUUGUGGAAUGGCAUCAGAAUUAUAAUACAUUCGCACAACAAGUCGAAGAAGUGUAUUAUGGUGUGAUAUUUGUUCAGGUUUUUACUUCGGUGGUGAGCAUUUGUUGCACCCUUUUUUCCAUUGUCAUUCGCAGUUGGCCAGCUGCUUUUGCGUAUUUGCUGUACAGCGUAGUAAUGAUGUAUGCAUACUGUGCACUUGGUAAUUUGGUGGAGAUAUCUAAUGAUGAAGUAAUCGAUAUCAUUUAUUGCGAUUGUUUGUGGUAUGAACUGUCUGUGCCGGAGCAAAAAUUAAUUCUCUUGAUGAUACGAAAGGCCCAAAAACCACUAACAUUGACCAUAGGUCAAAUCAUGCCCUUAUCUAUGAAUACGGCUCUACAGUUGACAAAAGCUAUUUAUAGUUAUAUGAUGGUGCUGUUGAAUUUCUUGGAAACGGAUGAUAUCUAA